UCACGAACGUCCCCCACCCCCCACACCCCACGACUCCCCUGGGGGUCUCCAGCACGACAUUCAUUCGGCGUCUUUACUUAUUGGUGUCUUUGCUCGAGAAUCGGGCCCUCGCACACGCGUAUCGAUUACUCUCAUCGAUUGUUCUAAUCGAUUACUCCCAACCCCCCCCACCUCCGCCAUUCGCUGAUCGGGAGCGACGUUGCCAGAAUGGCGGCUGCUCCGUCCGUGAAGAUCAGCAUCGAGGCGGGGAGCGAGCACCAGAUCAAGGAGGUCGCCCUCGAUGGCACCGAGACGUUCGUGCAGCCGCUGUCCAUGUCCGAGAACCUGGCCAAGUUGGCGCACAAGAUCGACUUCUCCAAGAGCGACUCGGAGGACGAGGCCGAGGGAGACGCCGAGGCGGCGGCGGCCUCCGAGGAGCAGGACGAAGGCGUUGCAAAAUUCCAACCCUCGCUGUGGCCCUGGGACUCUGUGAGGAACCAGCUGCGAAGCGCCCUCACCGAGAUCAGCGUGCUCUAUGACGUGCUCAACGUGGUGCGAGAGAAGAAGUACAUGACCCUCGACCCCGUGUCGCUGGAAGUGCUGCCCUCUCGUCAGUUGCUCCAAUUUGUGGCUAAGAAGAAGACGCUGGCUGGCGCGGCGCAAAUCCUCCUGCGCGGCGCCGAGAGGCUGAGCCGAUCGGUGGCCGAGAGCCAGGAGCAGAAGAGGCAGCGCGAUUUCAACGCGGAGCUGCUCAAGCUGCGCCAGCACUGGAAGCUGCGCAAGGUUCGCGACAAGAUCCUCGGAGACCUCAGCUACCGCAGCGCCGGGUCCCUCUACCCGCACCAGGGCACAUUUGAGGUGCUCAAGAACACAGACAUUGACCUGGACAAGAAGAUCCCGGAUGACUACUGUCCCCUUGAUGUCUUGGUGCCAAGUGACCUGGAAGGAACUGCAUAUAUCAAGGUGUCCAUCCAAAAGCAGUCGACAGACAUUGGAGACCUGGGCACGGUGAACCUCUUCAGCUGCCCAGCCAGGAAACCACGGCAAGGGGCGCCACACUGGCAGGCGAAGCUGGAGGCCGCCCAGAACGUGCUCUUCUGCAAAGAGAUCUUCGCCCAGCUGUCCCGAGAGGCCGUGCAGAUCAAGUUCCAGAUGCCGCCCAUCGUUGUGAAGAACCAGAUCAUCUCCCAGCUCUUCCCAGGGCUGCAGCUGUCCAUCUCGCUGUGCCACCUGCUGAGCGAGGAGAAGAAGUCGCAGAAGCUGGCGCCGGAGCGCUCGGCGCAAGCAGACGACCACCUGUACGUGCUGGAGCACAACCUUCACCAGCUUAUGAGAGAGUUCCACAAGCAGAAUCUGAACGUGGCAACCAUGCCGCACCCGUCAACGGCGCAGUUCGGCCUCACCAAGCGGAUGCGCCUGGCGGGGCCUUCGGCCUACGACAAGACAGAGCUGGGGGCACUGCAGAGCGCUGAGGGUCUCCUGGAGAAGAUCAUCAAGCAGGCCAGACACAUCUUCCUGCGGCGCAGGACGGCAGCCACGAUCGACAAACUGGCGGCAAGGGUGGACGACCCGCAGAUCCAGGCGCACUGGUCUAAUGUCAACGACGUGUACGAGUCGAGCGUCAAGGUGCUCAUCACCUCGCUGGGCUACGAGCAGAUCUGCAAGACCUUGCAACUGCAGCUCAACAUCGGCCUGGAGCAGGUGAAGGUCGUCCAUCGCGAUGGGCGCGUCAUGACCUUCUCCCACCAGGAGCAGGAGCUCAUGGACUUCCUCAUCUCACAGAUGUCACAGCACCAGGUGCAUGCAGUGCAGCAGCUGGCCAAGGUGAUGGGCUGGAUGGUGCUGAGCUUCAGCAACCACGUGGGGCUGGGUCCCGUCGAGAGCAUCGGCAAUGCCUCCUCCAUUAGCGUGGCAUCGCCCAACGGAGAGUACUCCAUCACCGUGAGGAACGGGCCAGAGACGGGCACGCGGGUCGUGGUGCAGUGUCCACGGAGCCACUCCAAGGAGCUGCCCAAGAGCGACGUCAUCAGCGACCCCAAGUGGCUGCACCUGGGCGGACCCUACAAGGAGGUGAACUGGGCCAAGGUGGAGGGCCGCAAUUUCGUCAACAAGAUGGAGCUGCUCAUGGCAGCGCUCAUGCCCAGCUGAGGGUCCCCCCCCACCCCCCCCCCCCCGUGGCUUCCGCGGUGCUGGAUGAGGAGGCGCGGUUUGCUUUUGACCAAACGAGCUGACGUUCACCUCCACCCUGGCAAGCAAAGAUGUUUAUUUAUGAUGAGGCCAAGUCUAUUUUCAUUGUUAUUUUUUUAUUGCAAGGCAUGUUGGGGGUAUGAGUAAGGAAGUUUAGCGCUCGUGUACUGAACUCGAUGAUUCACGUGAAGGAAUGCCCCAAAAACAACCGACGUCUCCCCUGACGGUUUUUCCCGUCGUUCACGCGAAUAAUGGCACGUUUUGGCGAAGUUGGAUCAAAAGAAACGAACAAUGAACGGGGGAGCCGCUUUGUUGGUUUGUGUGAUUUUGGAACCUGGCAUGUCGCGAGUGCUGUACACACCAUUAAAGUUCUACUGUUUGUACGCCUGC